CUCUUUCAUAAAUUAGCAAUAGCAAAUAUAUCCUCUAUUUAUAUAAAGUGACUGUUUUUGCUUUAGAAAAACGUGUUCAUAUCCACGUGUGCUACUGUCACCGGCAAAAUUUGACGCAACGUCCGGGUGUUGUAGUAUGCCAUGUGAAGUGAAACCCCGGUUUGUGGUCCUGUACGGGUCUCAGAAGGGCCAGGCUCAGUCCAUAGCAGAGGGAAUAGCUGCGGAAGCGGAGCAGCAUGGACUGGUUGCUGAUCUCAGCUGCUUGAACCAGAAUGAAAUGUACAAUUUGGAGAAGGAGAGUGCCCCAGUAGUCUUUAUCGUGUCUACCACUGGAGAUGGGGAACCACCUGACAAUGCGCUUCAAUUUGUAAGGCGUAUCAAGAAGAAGACUCUCUCCCAAGACCUCUAUAAACACCUUUGCUAUACACUUUUAGCUUUAGGAGAUUCUAAUUAUGAAAAUUUUUGCAACUGCGGGAAGACAAUUGUGCGUCGUCUAGGGGAACUUGGAGCCAAACAUUUCUAUCUGCCGGGAUAUGCAGAUGAUGGUGUAGGGUUGGAGGUGGUUGUGGACCCUUGGCUUGAAGGACUGUGGAACGCCAUCAAAGAGACCUUAUCAAACAUGGCCUCUGACAGGACUGCUCACUUGAGAGAGAAUGUUGAUGAUUCAGCCAAAGACAUUCCUGAUUCAUCCAUACCAGAUGUCCACCUAAACCUCUUAAGCAUCACUGACCAGCCAGUCGUAGCAUCUAUAAACAGAGACCCUAAAUAUGCAUCUCCUGCUUCAACUUCUGCAGUUUCUGAUCACAGGCCAGCUUCCUCUGCUGGGAGCACCAUAGCGGUAUCUCAGCCUCACAGCACUGCCAGUGACUCCACAUCAACACCAACAACACAGGAUGCUGAAUUGGCAGCCUCACUGAUACACUCCAUGCCGCCGCUGUCCGAGUCCUCACUUAAUGUUCCUGCUCUGCCUCCUCCCUACUUAGAUGUUACAUUCACUGAGGUGGACACUGUGGAACAGAAUGAUGGACCAUUGAACAAAGAGACUCUUCAUGAGGUGCCAAUAUCCAAAGCAGUUCAGCUGAGCAGAGGAGAUUCAGUCAAGACAGCCCUUCUACUAGAACUGGACAUCUCAGCGUACCCGACAUUGACCUAUGAGCCAGGGGAUUCCUUUGAUGUGUUUUGCCCAAAUUGGACAGCAGAGGUGGACAACUUGCUCUGCAGAUUGGGUCUUCAGGACCAAAGGAACCAUCAUGUCCAUGUUACACUAAAGAAAGACACUAAGAAAAGAGGUGCACAAGUCCCGUCUCACAUCCCCCAGAAUGUGUCUCUGCUGUUCCUGCUCACCUGGUGUCUAGAGAUCAGAAGUGUCCCAAAGAAGGCGUUUCUGCGAGCACUGGUGGAGCAUACAGCGGAUGGAGCGCAGAGGAGGAGACUGCAGGAGCUUUGCAGUAAACAAGGUGCCUCAGACUACAACCUGUAUGUGCGAGAGCCAAGCCUCAGCGUUGUGGAACUCCUCCGAGCCUUCCCAUCCUGCUCACCUCCUCUCAGUCUUCUCAUAGAGCAUUUGCCGAAACUGCAGCCCAGACCUUACUCAGCAGCCAGCUCUUGUCGAAGGCACCCAGGAAAGCUGCAUUUUGUCUUCAAUGUGGUAGAGUUCCCAGCAUGCUCUGGAAGGCCUGCAGGGAGCCGAGGCUUGUGUACCGGCUGGCUGUUUGACCGCAUCAAUCCUGGCCUGGUUUUCCAUGUGGAGGCUGAAUCCUCCAGCAGCCUGGCUUUGCCAAAGAUCCAUGUGAGUUUGAGACCCAACGGUUCCUUUCGGCCUCCGUCUGACCAGUCAGUGCCCUUCAUUAUGGUUGGACCUGGCACAGGAGUGGCUCCUUUUAUUGGCUUCCUCCAGCAAAGAGAGGAGGAGAGGAAGAAGAACCCUGAGGUCUUGUUUGGCGAGACCUGGCUGUUUUUUGGUUGUCGCCACAGAGACAGAGACUACCUGUUCAGAGAAGAGCUUGAGGGCUUUGUGUCCAGCGGCACCCUGAGCCACUUCAAAGUGUGUUUCUCCAGAGAUGACGGGAAGGAUGAACCGGCCGCCACCUCAGCAGCACAACCCAGAUACGUCCAACACAAUCUGCUGCUCAACUGCCAGCAGGUCACCGACAUCCUGCUCAGAAAGAACGGUUAUCUUUAUGUCUGCGGGGAUGCAAAGAACAUGGCCAAAGAUGUGAACGAGGCCCUGAUGGAGAUGAUUAAAACAGAGCUGCAGGUGGACCAACUGGAGGCCAUGAAGAGACUUGCAGCUCUUAGAGAAGAGAAACGCUACUUACAGGACAUCUGGGGCUGACAGUGGAUAAUAAGAUAAAGACAUUUUGCAGCAUCUGCUGGACUCUCGCACCUUUUCCAGUUAAAGAAAAAAAAAAAAUCAGCCUGCUCAGCUGUAACCUCUAGAUCCAUAAAAUUGUAGACGCUGAAGCCUGAAGGUAGUUUACACCACCCAGUGUGACUAAGAUGGAAUGACCCAUGCUGACCCGGGGAUAUCAGUUCACUACACCUUCUGUGCCUUUGCUGUUUGAACAGAAGUGACCUUGGUCAGAGCUGUAGGGCUGGAGAUUGGUCCUGCAGUGUGAAAAGGCUUUUAGUGUAGACAGGACUCCUUCGUCUGUCCUUUCUAAGGAAAAGAUUUUUACUUCAGCUGGUGAUGGACUGACUGAAGGUGGGAUAGAUGGAAACAUUUUAUUAGUCUGUAGUUCUUAAACAACACACUCAAGAAAAUAUUUACAGGGAUUCAGUGGAGAAAGAAAUUAUUUGUCCUUGAGUUCUGUUUGUUUUGGGGAUGUGCUAAAUCACCACUGCCAGCUAAGUACACCACGGUUUGCCUCUAAAAUCACUUAGUUGAAGAGCUUUGAUUUUUAUUUUACUCUGACUAGUUAAAAAUGCACCACUUCUAUUAUUGAGGAUUCGUUUCUAAUUAAAUUUAUUUUCUGACAAAACAUGAAUUGUUGAAGUGAAGCUUUGUUUCUGGUAAAAUAUAAAACCCAUUAACAGUUUCUGUUACGAUUCAUUUCAUUGUUUUAUUGGAGAAUCAUUGAUUAUAGAAAAAUAUUUUAAUAAUGCGUCUCAUUUACAAAAUUAGAUCAGUUUAUUUUAUCAUGAAGGCUGGUUUUAAAGCAACACUACAGAAGUUUCCAACCUUUAAACUCUGUGCUUCUGACUCAUUUUGAUGGUACACUGACAUUUAUUCUGUACAUUGCUGGAGCUGUCAUUGAUUUGCAGCGUCCUAAAGCUGAGAAACUGCUCCUUACAACUUUUUGUUCCAGUCCAGAACGUUACGGGACAGCUGGGUUUUGAUUGAGACCCUGUGCAACAUGCCAGCAACUGGAUAUCAACAUACUGGCCGUUUUGAUUGUGCACCAUGGCUGAU